AACGCCGUUCGGAACGAACGCUCGUCGUCAACAGGUGCACGCCGCAACAGCAAUGAGGAAGAUACUUCUGGCCACGACUCUGCUGUCGAUAGCAAUAUCAGAAGAUAUUCUGGUGGAGAAGAACUCGAGACUAACGACGUGGAUCCGCGAGAAGCAAUUCCCGAGCAAGAGACUGAAGCGAGCGUCGCGAGACGACAUCCUGUCCGAAUUGGAGGAUGUCCCAAAUUACGACAACGCCGACAGGCAGUUUCUUCGAAUCUCGGACCCGCAGUUCAUCAAGGAACCCAUGCAACCGCCUCCUGUGAUCAGACGGUCCGAUUUGAUGCGGAUCUCGCAAAAUGAUCCACUGCCUUUCGACAAAUCGAAGCUCGACGACAUCAAACCGAAGAUCUUGAUCUCCAUCGGUGUACAGGAUAACAGCGCGGCUGGUAGCUCGCAGGAGGAAUACUCGACGAGGAAGAACUAUCGCAAACACAUUCAAGACUGGCAGAUGCAGCAGCCGUUCUACGUCGAGGAGCCAUACUGGAUCGACAUCAACACCGACUACACUGAGGGAUCAGCUCAGCAUCCGGAGGGUGGCGACCCUUACAUAAUGUCGCGAGGCAAGAAAUUCCGGAUAAAGAGCCCGGACAAGGAGAAGACGAUGAAGGAUUACGAGGAGCUCCUCGACUACACGAGCAAAAACAAGAGAUUGUCGACGAAGAACCGCGUUCGCAGAUCCGUCGGGACAACGGCUGAAGGACUCCAGGGUGAUAGCGUCGCCGAUAAAAGACGCAAUCGGGAGGAGGAGACCAGACGCUACAACCUCCUCCGAGAUUUUGACGGAGUUCAUAUUAGUAAGGUCGCGUCGAUCCAAGCGAGAAGUCCCGACGAGGAGUCGUCCAAAACCGACGAGUCGGGCGAUGAAAACGCCGAGAAGAGGAAGAAUAUCCCCGUGAAUCCCGCUCAUGACAUCUUUGUUGAAGAACUCGAGAUGGAUAAGUCGAGGAACUCGAUGAAAGAAUCACCGUACGACCGCAAGUUCGUAAAAGGAAAUCAAGUUACUGCGAAUGACACGCUAAUUACAAGCUCCGUCGAGGAAGAGCGGAAAAUAGAGCGCAAAGAGAUCCCGAGUUAUAUGGAAAGUGACAACGACGAGACUAUAAAGGUCGGCAAGAGAUCUCAUAGUCAUAAGAAUCACUUUGUCAUUGGCACGAACAAUGAGAACGAGAGAUACGGGAUAUUCGUCAAAAGGCACGGCAAGGGCAGAAAUCGCAAAAUUGAUUGGAUCAAUGCGGACUACGAUCAUCGACGUACGGAUAACAUCGACAGGAAAAAAACUACCAUGCUCGAGCGAAUGCGUCUACGCGACGGUCAUCUCGACAGAAUAGAAAAUUUCAGCACAUACGGCGACUUUUUUAUCCCGUCUCGGGGCAAGAAGCCGCUUAGCGAGUCAGAUGAUUUGGACAGGAAGGAUACGAAGCCAAGUAAGUCCUCUGCAGGACGGUGGGAGGAUUUGUCAAGCAUACAGCGUUACGCGCAACGCGAAGAAUCCGAAAGCGAUAAGAGAGAAGUUGACGAAGCGAUGGAGGACGAGUCGGGAACCGAUCAAAACGAGACCAGGUCGACAGACGCGCGACUGAUGACCAAGCCGGACUCGAAAAGCUUCUCAGGGAUAAGGACUCACGCUAAUUACCGGGAGAAGCGCAACACCUACGAUACCAGAUCAGAUCUCUGGAAAGACGCCUUGCUGAGGAACAUCGAGCGGGAGAUCGUGGAGUCGACCUAUUUAAGGCCGAGAGACAAGCACAGCAAUGUUCUGGACCUGCAGAAUCACCUGUCCACCGAUCCCUUCUUCAUCAUGCGGGGUAAGAAGGCAUCACACGAACUCCCAGACGCAGUCAGCUCGGUGACAGAACGGCGAAACGACAUGGACGACGUCGCCCGAGCGAUACAUUACUCGAUAGAGGAGAAUCUGCUGAAGAUGCUGCUGAUGGAAAGAUCCAAGUGCAACGAGCAAUACUGCGAUAUCGACGUGAGUCGUCCGUUGAGGGACAAACCGGUGUUUAGGAACCGGCGCAAUCCGCUUGACAACCUUUUGAAAUACGACCCGUACGUGAUAAUUAGAGGCAAGAGGGCGAAGCUGGAUAACUUUUAGAGCAACGGACAGUUGCGGCCAAAGUGGACGAGUCGCUCGAGCAGAUUUUCAUUACGGACGCUGCGCGAGACGACGAAGCCUGUGUUCUUGGAGCAUAUUCGAACGCUAAGCACGCCUUUCUGAUCCUUAAGCUAAAUAUACAGAACGCUGGUACAAAAAAAAAACUUCAAAUGAAAAGGGCGUAUUUAGCGUUUGAAUACGCAUCAAGAACGUGGUCCCUGGUCUUCCAGAAGAAACGCGUUAUUCGAGACAUCCUUUCCGAUGACUACGCGGUGUUGUAAUUAGGAAUCCAGGUAGCAGGGGAACUUCUAAAAUAAUGUCUUAAAAAUAUCUUAACUUUUUCACUAUUACACGUUCAUUUUAUAUUGAACAUAUAUCAUCAAAAAAUUGAUGAAAAAUUUCUUAAAUCACUUAUCGUAAGUUAUAAUCUUGUUGCUUUCUUUUUUGUUUUGCUUCUGGUUUCCAUGUAUAAUUUUGAAAGCAUUCUUGAAAGUAAAUUAGAAAGCAAAUUAGAAAUUAGAUUUACAUCAGUACGUCCGAGAGACGUUUGGUGUUAUUAUCAAAGUUACGACUUUUGAUUAUUCGCCGCGGACUCUUGAUUGAUGAUAUCAGAAGCAAGGGAAUGCCCAAAAUUCUUGCAAAGUUAACUUUUUCACUAUUACACGUUCAUUUUAUAUUGAACAUAUAUCAUCAAAAAAUUGAUGAAAAAUUUCUUAAAUCACUUAUCGUAAGUUAUAAUCUUGUUGCUUUCUUGUUUUGCUUCUGGUUUCCAUGUAUAAUUUUGAAAGCAUUCUUGAAAGUAAAUUAGAAAGCAAAUUAGAAAUUAGAUUCACAUCAGUACGUCCGGGAGACGUUUGGUGUUAUUAUCAAGGUUACGACUCCUGAUUAUUCGCCGCGGACUCUUGAUUGAUGAUAUCAGAAGCAAGGGAAUGCCCAAAAUUCUUGCAAAGUACGUCGAAAUAAAAAAGAUGUAAUUAACACAUAACUUUCUGCUCAACCUGCAUUUCUUUGUUAUUUCAUCACGUUAAUAUUAUGAUUAUUUAUUGACUGUUAGAGUAAAAGAAAAGUGUUCGGAAUAUUUUGGAGAUAUAUUUAAUCGAUUGUCAUUUUCUUGAAUAUAUCUUCUUAUAUUUCGACGCACUUUGCCGGAAUUUUAAACAUAUAUUUCCUCGCUUCUGAUCAAUUAAAAUAGCCGCGACGAGUGGCAAGAGUCUCAAAGACGUCUACAAGAUGUCCCACUUGUUCAGAUUUAUUUAGACUUCUUUUAGACAUUUUUUUAGAAGCUUAUGCUACCUUGGAAACAGGACGUGUGACAUAGGGAGCGGUCUCUCGACCUUACCGGUUGCUAUUUGCUUCGGCUAUGCCCGAAUCGACGCAACACCAACGAUCCCGUGUAUAACGAUCCCGCAGACGACGUCUGCGGAUAAAUAACGGAUAAAUUCGGAUAAAUAACGAGAGAAUUAUGAGUUACUUAGUAAUUAAGUAGACUUAGCACGAGGAGGAAUUGUUUAUGCAAUGGUAGAGCUUGCGAAACAUGCGAUUCCAUCUACAAAUGUCAAUAUCACGUAGACAUGAAACUUAGGACGAUCUAAGUACAUAAUCUGUACUCGCGUGACUUACUCAAGUUUAAAUUCGGCAUAUUUAUUAUAAUGUUACUGCAUGCUACUGUUAAUGCUAACAGACUUGCGACGUAAAUAAACAAAAGACACUAGAAGGAGGAUAACAUUUAGUCAGUUUUUUUUAGCUGAACUAUCUGAACUGAUACAUAUUGAUGUAAUAAGUUAGAAUGAAACAAGUAUAUUUUGUUUCAUUCUAAUUGCAUCUGUCUGCACAAGUUCAGGCAUUCUAAGAAAACAGGCCAAUUAAGUCGCGCUGUGUGUUGAAGUAGUGAAUAGAAGAAUAAAAGUUGAUAUAUAAAUCUCAAAGAAGUUGCACGUAAUCGACAUAUAGUUAAUACUGUUGCACGCGUGCUUUUGGAAACGAGAAUUGAUUCACUGAUCUCUCAACGUCAGCUGUCGAGGACUUGACGCCUCGUUUACGUUGAGAGACCAGUGAAUCGAUCUUUGGCCCCAAAAACGCAGGCACAAUAAUAUAUUGACUCAUAUAUGUAUGUAUAAAGACAUAGGUCGGAGAGCAUAGACUUUUGUGAUAUUUUGUUUUAAAGAAAUUGCGAAACUUAACCCUAUACGUGCGCGCGAACGCACAAGUGUACGUGCAAAUAUCGCCAAAGUCAUUUCCUCGUUGCAAAUGUUAUCGAUUACUUUAUGCUUGAACAAAGUACGUUCACGAGAAUUGUGUGAAAUCAAAAUAAUUACCUGCU